CGUUGGAGGGGGAGCAAGUAACCUGAGCCCUAAAAUGGUGAUACACAUGAAAGCCUCCAUUGCUGGUCUACGACGAGCUCUGCAAAGAACUCGCCUUUCUUCUCAUCUGUCGAAAACCCUAAUUUCGGGGCCGCGUUGUAAAUCUCUGGUACCCAUACGAGACGACGCCUCAAGGUUCCAAUCGAAGCUCUACGCGACGAUCGCGGCCGCGGAAUCUCCCUUCAGAUCCAACAUUCUUAGAAUCAUCCGCAACGAGAUCGCGUACCAAUCCGAUUAUGCUCCCCCACAUCAGCCUGCUACUGAAUUCAAGUCUUUCACUGUAGAGGAUCAUCCGGGCGAGCAAUGGAUAACGAUGAGGGGAAAGUUUGGAGAAGAUGAGCAGAUAAAAAUGGAGGCGACGAUGUUUGAUGGGUAUGUGAAUACCACGAGGCUUGGAUUAGAUGCUUCAGGACACGACGUCCGCCUCCACAUCAGCUUGCUUGUCGACAUUUCAAAGGGCGACGGAAGCAAAGAGAUUGAGUUCGUAUGUUCGGUCUGGCCUAAUCGUAUUGAAAUUCAGAAGCUUUACAUGCUUCGACGCAACAAAGUCAGGGGUCGACCAUAUAUGGGGCCUGAUUUCAGGAGCUCGAAGAACGAGUUUUGGAUGGCGUUUCGGGAAUUUUUACGAGUAAGAGGGAUAGAUUCGGAACUUGCGGGUUUCUUGCACGAAUAUAUGAUGAACAAGGAUAGGAUUGAGCUCAUCCAAUGGUUGAGAAACCUCGAAUCAUUCGUCAAGAAAUGAACAAUGAAGCUCCGUUCUCUUUUUUUUUUUGAAAAAAAAAAUAAUCUAAGCCCUCGUACUCGUUUGUUCAUGGCUUUUGCAUGCAUAAUACGUAGACUGUACAUGGCAAAAUGUCCGUACACAUAACGGGUAUAUCCCUAUUGUAUCCGCCACCGCCAAUGUGGUGGUGGAACUGUGGUGAAUCUCGCAUUGAAACUGGAUUCCCACAGCCACAGGAGGAAAUAAGCUUAGUUAAAUUCAGUAUAUAAUAUAAACUGUUAGCUC